UCCAGCCAACCGGCGAACUCCGGCACGAGCUCGAAGCGGCUUUGAGAGCGCGCGUGCGCGUCCUGUUCCGCUUGCUGGUGGUGCUUCCUUUUAGCGCUUGGGCCGUGCGAGGGAACGAGCUCUUUGCCGCACGGGGCGGGAGCCAGGCGCCAGGCACGGUAGCAGAGGGGAACGGCGUUGGCGGGUAAAGGGAACAGUGGAACAUGACAAGUUCUAACCAUCUUAAGACGUUCAAAGACAAUAUGGAUGAAUAAGGAGUAAUCUUGUGUGAAGGGAGUGUGACAAUGGAGCAGCCUGGAACAGACAAAGUACUCUAGGUCAUGGGUGUGGAAGACUAUCAGCUACUCUCUUUUCUUACUGCCAACUACAUUUUCAGUUUUUAGGAAAACAUCUGCAAACGGUGAUCAAGUCUCCCUUAUCUUCACCCUCCCCCCCCCGGGGGGUUUUCUAGAGACAACUGAUUAAAAAAGCAAUUUGAAAUCUAAUUGCUUGUUUAAAAAAUUAAAAUUUGACUUGUUGAAGGAUUGUGGGCAUUGUACACAAGGGAACAAAGAAGAAGACAAAUGCAAGACCAGCUCUUCAGCAUGCCCCCCACUCCCCCUUGAAAGAAAAGGAUUUACAGCUCAACCUUGUACCAGCUGUUACCCGGAUUUAGUGGUCAAGAGAGAAAUAAACAAAAUUAAACAACCACUGCCAGACAGGCAGCCCCCGUUCCUGGUGAAAUCAGGGGAGAGUGCUUUUGCCUCAGGAGAGGACAGCAUUGGGGGCAGGGGAAUGAUGUAUGCAAGAUGGGCAGAUUUGCUAGCAGGGUAACCUUCCCCUGAGCAGUAACCAGAAUGCAUUGCUUUAUUCUAAGAGCAGAUUAAAAAGAGAAAGGAGAAACUUUACUGUAGAAUCUGUCUUGGAAAUUACUGUGAGCUUAUUGAAAAACCAAACCUAGUGGAGACUGUAUCCUUAUCACCUCAUUCAAGUGCUCACCUGGCUCAUCCUGCCCUCUUACAUGAAAAACUCUAGCUGUUUAAUUUGCCACAUUUCUCAAUUCUGUGUUGCUGUAAGGAGACUACAAUCUCUAUAAGCUUCUUGAAACGUCAAGUUUUCUUCCAGAGCUUUCCAGCACAAGAAACUGCAUUAUUUCUGCCAGCUGUUGUGAAUCACUAGCAUUUUAAACUAAAGUACAAGCCCUCUAUUUUAUAUUUUUAAAUUUCCUUGGCCCACAUGUCUUGAAUUGAUACAGAAUUUUCUUAUUUUUGACACUUAUUUCAGUUAUGAAUACUACUCUGAAUCAUUCUCUUACUGAUGUCAGUUCCAUCUGGAUCACACUAUAAAUCGAUCUGGCUCUACGAUAGCUUCAAAAACUUGGAUAAAUUUCUCCCUUUCAUAUAGUUGCUUCCCUUUUUGAAGGCCCCUCUCCCCAUUUUCUUGUCCUUCCUGACUCCAGUUGGGCCUGGGCUAUGCUGCAGGGCGGAUCAUCCACCAGAGCUCCAACAUGCCAGCAGCAUCUGGAAGGAGAUUCAAACCCAGCAAGUAUGUCCCAGUAUCAGCUGCUGCAAUCUUCCUAGUAGGAGCCACGACUCUGUUCUUCGCUUUUACGUGCCCUGGGCUCAGCUUGUAUAUCUCCCCAAUCAUCCCCAUUUACAAUGUUGUGGUCUUCCUUUUUGUGCUGGCCAAUUUCAGCAUGGCCACUUUCAUGGAUCCAGGUAUAUUUCCUCGAGCUGAAGAAGACGAGGACAAGGAAGAUGACUUCCGAGCUCCACUAUACAAGACUGUAGAGAUAAAAGGUAUCCAGGUGCGCAUGAAAUGGUGCGCAACAUGCCGCUUCUACCGGCCCCCACGCUGCUCCCAUUGCAGUGUCUGUGACAAUUGUGUGGAGGAGUUUGACCAUCACUGUCCCUGGGUGAACAAUUGCAUUGGGCGGCGCAAUUACCGCUAUUUCUUCCUGUUCCUGCUCUCACUUACAGCACAUAUCAUGGGUGUGUUCGGUUUUGGCUUGCUAUACGUUCUGUAUCAAGUUGAAGAGCUUUCUGGAAUCCGCAUGGCUGUUACUAUGGCUGUGAUGUGUGUCGCUGGCUUGUUUUUCAUUCCUGUAGCUGGCCUUACAGGAUUCCAUGUGGUAUUGGUAGCCAGGGGUCGCACUACCAAUGAACAAGUUACAGGCAAGUUCCGGGGUGGGGUAAACCCAUUCACCAAUGGUUGCUGUAAGAAUGUCAGUCGUGUCCUGUGCAGCUCCCCAGCCCCCAGAUAUCUUGGGCGGCCAAAGGCAGAGCAAACUGUGUUAGUGAGACCACCAUUCUUGCGACCAGAAAUAUCAGAUGGACAGAUUGCUGUAAAGAUAAUGGACAAUGGUAUCCAGGCUGAGCUGAAGAGAACAAAGUCCAAAGGAAGCCUUGAAGUGACGGAGAGCCAGUCUGCUGAUGCUGAGCCACCACCCCCACCCAAGCCAGACCUCAGCCGCUACGCAGGCCUGAGGACGCAUUUAACCCUGGCCACCAAUGAGGACAGCAGUUUGCUAGGCAAGGACAGCCCUCCAACUCCAACCAUGUACAAGUACCGACCUGGCUAUAGCAGCAGCAGUACUUCAGCUGCAAUGCCUCACUCUACCAGCGCCAAGCUAAGCCGAGGAGACAGCCUGAAGGAGCCUACCUCCAUUGCUGAGAGCAGCCGAAACCCCAGCUACCGCUCAGAGCCAAGUCUGGAGCCUGAGAGCUUUCAGUCUCCCACUUUUGGCAAGAGUUUCCAUUUUGAUCCUCUGUCCAGUGGUUCCCGCUCCUCCAGCCUCAAGUCUGCCCAAGGCACAGGCUUUGAAUUGGGCCAUCUUCAGUCUAUCCGCUCGGAGGGCACCACAUCCACAUCUUACAAAAGCUUGGUGAACCAGACACGCAAUGGGAGCUUGUCGUAUGACAGUCUUCUCACACCAUCUGAUAGCCCUGACUUUGAGUCAGUGCAAGCAGGCCCGGAGCCAGAUGCCCCCAUGGGUUACACAUCUCCUUUCCUUUCAGCCCGUAUUGCCCAGCAGCGGGAAGCUGACCUGCACAGUCGUUUCCCAAGCUCUGGCUCACCUAAGCACCAGCCACUUCGUGAUCCUUCACCUGUUCGCUAUGACAAUCUUUCACGCCACAUUGUGGCCUCCAUGCAGGAGCGGGAGAAGCUGCUUCAGCAGUCGCCUACGCCACCACCCCUGGCCAGGGAGGAGGAUACAGGGCUGGGGGACUCGGGCAUCCAAUCCACACCAGGCUCCAGCAAUGCCCCACGUACUAGCUCCUCCUCGGACGAUUCAAAGCGCUCCCCUCUGGGCAAGAACCCACUCACCCGCCCAGUGCCACCUCGUUUUGGCAAACCAGAACCACCACAUGCACUCAGAGUGCGCUCACUGGGCUCACCAGACCAGCCUGCAGCCCCCCAUUUGGGCAAAUCUGUGUCUUACAGCAGCCAAAAACAGUCACCACAGGCCAUCGUCCCAGAGACUGAGGAGGUGGCCUUGCAGCCUUUACUGGCACCAAAAGACGAGGUGCAGAUGAGACCCUCCUACAGCAAGUCCAAUGGACAGCCCAAGAAUCUGGGCUCGACCUCGCCCACCCCUGGCCAGCCACCUCUCAGCAGCCCCACUCGUGGAGGAGUCAAGAAGGUCUCUGGAGUGGGUGGGACUACGUAUGAGAUUUCUGUAUGAGGAGGUGAUCUCCCCACUAUCAACUCCUCCCUGGCUGAUUCCAUAAUGCCCUGUCCUUGGUGAGAAGGAGACAUGGCUCAGCAAAUGGUUGUCCCAUCACAUGCAUGGACCUUUUUUUACAACAUUUUCUGGGGGUGUGGGAGAGCAUAGGGGACAGCUACCUUUUUAAUCUAAACUAUCUGGGAUUGGGAGAGUCCCGAAACACUACAGCAAGACCCUAGCCUUGCUCACCUCCACAGCCUGCACUCUUCCUCUCAACCAACCAAGAGACUGCAAUUUGUAGCACACACUGCCGAGAGAGAAGGGGAGGGAUGGGGCUUGCUGUCAGCACCCCACUGUGGGAGAAGGUGCAGGCUGCCCCACUACCAACAGGACAGUUAACUAUGGACCUUGUGCAAUUGCUCGCCUAGUGCGGUAGGAGUGGAUCAUUUUUAAAUUUUUUUUAUUAUUGUUACGGAUUCUAUUUUUUCUCUUCUGAGUUACUGGGUGUGUGUAUAUAAAAAUAUCUAUAUAUAUAUAAAUAUAAAUAUAAAAAGAAAUUAUAUAUCUACCCAUAUUGAGGGAGGCAGGCCCAGGCAGACUCCAUUAGCAGGGCCUGAGGAAACUAUGUAUAAAGCUUUUACGUUCAGGGGAGGCUGGAAGGCUAUAUCAGAUCAGCCACUUGGUUUACUUUGAGUGGGUUGUGAAGUCCAAUGGUUAAGAAGCUCUUGUAAAAAACACCCCAGAAUAGAUAGAGUUGGGGGAGUAUGUUGCCCACCAUGACAUCCUUAUUGGUAUCAUGGGCCUGGUCAUCCCAGUGCCUGUGGCCAGCCCUCCCUUUACUAGCCAGGUAUGAGCCUGGCUUGUUGAACCUCGCCCUGGUUCAUCUCUUCUAGGAUAUGGAAGGGAGAGGACAAGGCCACCACUUCCAUAUUCCUGCUCAUCUGGACUGUGUCCUGGAAGACUUUCCCCAUGAGUAGGUUUUUCCUCCCUAGGGGACCUAGAGGGCUUAAGACAACUACAACAGUUUUUUGCUUCCCAGGUUCCUAGUUCCAGACAGGCUUUGGUCUCCUCAAGAAAAAAACUCUGUGAAAGGAUGCCAUCCCCUGCAAGCCAGGCAGAUCAGCAUGCUCAGUGCUAAUUGUAUAUCCUUAGGACAUGGGAAGGUAUUGAGAUGUUAAACAGAGGGAGGAGGGUAGCAAUGGCAUUCAAGUUGGGUCCCUUAUGUGAAAAUACUUCUUGUACUUAGUAAGCCCCUCCUCCAGGUGCAUUUCCUUCUGUGUUUUUUUUUUACAUUGCUCUUAUGAAUUGCUCAACAAUGAUUUCUUGUGGUGUCACAGUUCUUAUUCUGAAAUUGGGCAGAGAAAGAAGAGGACAAAACAGAAAACCAAAAAGCAAUAUUUUUUCAUAUGCCAAAAAUCUCUCCACCUGUAAAAGCCCAUGAAAGUAAAAAUCAGAGCAACUUAGGAAUCCAACAAUCUCCAGGCACUACUGACUCUUUCUCUACGGCAAUAUCUUUACUGUGGUUUCCACAGAGCCACACUUUUAUUUUUAUUAUGACUAGCCAUUUUAAAACGAGGAAUAAAAAAUAUGAGCCAC